AUGGAUCCGAUACAGCCAGGAUCGAGAGGAGCGGCGCGCCUCCUCGUCAAUGGCAGCCGCUCUCACGAUGGCGCGGACGUCGGCACAGCCCUGAUCACGUCGCAAGAAUGGUUCUUUCCAGUCGAACAAGCGUCUUCUACCCCUACCUUCUCACUCUCGAGCAUCGACACGCAGGCCGGACCGUCGACGUGUGCAAAGCUCGCCCCUGCCUCGAUUCCACGAUCUUCCAACCGACUCGGUCUUUAUCCCCACGACAAAGCGGAAGCUGGCUCUUCCGUCGACGCCGACGUUCUUUCGGCUCAGCGAUUCUUGCGACAUUGCUAUCCCGACAUCGACAUCCCGGAUCAUCUUGUGUCUCGAAUCAUCUACGACGACGCGCUGGAACUCGAUAACACGGCUCACGAGCUCGAUGGCUCUCUCGGACUCGCGGAUGCUCAGGCCAUCGCGCUCUUGGGCCCGGUUACCAUCGAGCAGGAGCCGACCUACGCCGUCGCAUGUGUUGGCGGAUCGAAUCGCGACUGUCUUUUGCUUCAUCAGCUUACCUUGGAAGCAGAUAACGACGUGAUCUUCGACGCAUGUGAUGAGAGCAAGGCGGACACAGCACAAGGCAAGGGCAAGGCGAAAGCGAAGGACCCCGUCAGGCUGCGCUUCCAGCCCGCUCUCAGUGCCGAACGCAAGUUUCAGACGCCCAUACUUCAAGUUGUCAGCUCGGCAGAUCAGAGCAUCCUCGCCGUUCGCACGCACAGUAGCACCAGCUUCCUCUCGCUCCGCCAGGUGAAAGAGUCCGACAGCACGCCUCGGCUGCAUCUCGAGACUGUUUAUCAAACGCGCUACGGCACGGACGGCAGCGCGCAGCAUCAGGACAUCUCCUUCAGCCGCACAGCCUCUGCCAUCGAGGCUGCGACGGUCGACAGAUACGGCAACAUCGACUUGUUUCGCUUUGCAGCAGAAGACGCAGACGCAGAGCAGAGCGAGCACAGGCCGGAUCAAAGGACUUCAGGCUCUUCAGCAGCAACCCCCACUCAGGUCAGAGCCAAACGCCGACAAAGUUUCCCAGCAGCAUCUCCCUCUCCAGCAUUGGCGUCUCGACCCUCACAGAUCACGGCGCGGAAACGGCGCGUUGCCAUCGAUCUCGCCAGUCUCGCCGACACGGAUGCUCGGGAGGACGCUGAUGCAGUCGCCGACGCCGACGAUGCAGCAGCGGAGGAUGCACAGGCUUCCAAUCAAGCGCCCUUUCGGAUUGUCUUUGGCUCAAUGCCACGCGAGCUCUACCUUUCCACUCGGCAUGCUCUAGUUCGGAUCAAUCUCGGCAGCCAAGACGCCGACACAGAAGGCGGAUCUGCACCUCAAGUCCACGUUGUCCUUCGCUCCAGCCUCUGUCUGUCUUCGUUUAAGCGCGAGAGAUUCUUUUCGAUGGCCACGACCGAGAGGGAUUUGCAACAUCAACUUUUGGCGGUGUGCUCAUCCGACGCGAUCCAUUGGUUCGACCUGAAGGACCCAGCCCAGCUGCUCUUCUCCACGGCACACCAUCGGGGAGAUGAUCCGACGCUUUUCCUCUCCGUACUGCCGACCGGCCGAGGCACGGUAUCUGGCUCCGCGCAGAACGACGACGGCAUUACGGUGUGGACGCUAUCUUCGAAGCGCAACGACGCGGUGACGUGCUAUGCAGUCCGUGCUCACUCGCGCGAAGGGCGAGGGUACGACCUCUUGCAAGCGGAUACAGCUAUGGACAGCAGCGGGACCCGUGUUCGUUACACGCUUGACAGCGCACCGGUCAUUCUUCCGACCGAUAUACCCUCGUCGCGGUCUUUGGGUACACGAGCGGCCCCGAUGCUAUUCAUCAAUGUGGCAGCACUUCUGCAGCGCGACCACCCGCCAGAAUCGUGGAUCAGUCUCAGACUCGAUGAGGGUGGCGCUUUGUCCGCUCAGAUGCUCCAAGCCAGCUUUGAUCCACCUUCAGACACCUCGGGACAAGCUGAGGUCAACGUGGCAUUGCAUGUCAUGGGGCCUCCCUUCGGCAGCGACCUAUACCUAGAUGACGCAAGGGACCCGCAGCCAAUACGCGGGAUGGUCGACUCUCUCAGCGAAGUCAAGACAAAGCAUCUCGAUCUCCGAAAUGUGCACCACGCCGUCUUUGCUUCCAAGUGCGGAGACACUAGGAGUGGCAGGCGCAGCGACGCGAGUGGUGGUGAAGAUGUCGUGACAUCACAUCUCCGAGAUCUGCUCAAUCGUACAAGCAAAAGCAACCCAGGCAGCACUGCAACAAUGCUUUCUUUCGGCCACAUUCUUCGUGACUUGGACGACGGGUCGUUAACACAUAUCGACAACGACGAGGGAGAGGCUCGGAAUCAGGCAAAAGACGUACUGGAUUUGCGACAUGACUGCCGGCAUGCCCUGUCUUCGUUGGCUCUAUCGACUGCACAGGCGCGUUGGACUCGUGCCACCGCAGGGUUGGUGCAUCACGAUGGCAAUCUUGGUCCUGCAAUCGAGUCGCACGUCGAUGUCAUCGAGCGCACCUUGAAGCGCGAGUCCGGUCGCUUGGACGACGCUAUGACCUCGUAUCUUCCGACCAAGAAGACAGCGCAAACCUGGAGCGCGAAAGCGCGACGCGAGGCACGGGCGUCCUUGAAGAAGGCUGCUAGGGAGAUGAUGUUGGACCUGGUGCUCGAGUCCGAAGUCUUUGUCCGGCCUAGAGCUCGAAUUCUCGACACAGGCGCGCCGACGCAACGACCGCAGGAGCGACGAGGCACCAACUGGACCGCUCUCGAGUAUCGCGACAUCUACAACUUCGUCGAAGAGCAAGGCGAGACCAUCCCUCCGCCUCACAUUGGCAGUGUCGGACUUUCCUUCUUUGCGCCGAUGCGCAGUGCAGACGUCGAAAAGGAGGCAGCUGAGCUCGCCAAGGGUCGAAACGGCUCAACGGCAAAGCUGAGUGAGAUAGAGCUCGAGGCGCUGCUUCCGAGCACAUCUUCUACAGCUCGACUGCUCUUGUCCGAGUGGCAGCUAAGCGAGGAUCCCACCGAGUACAAGUAUACUGAUCCAUUUGAAGGUCUGCAUCGGCUGCCGCGUGCAAGUCGACUGCGAGGGCCCACAGCACGUGCGCGAUCAAGGUCCUUCUCCCGCGCAUCGAGCGCAUCGACUGAAGACCGGUCAAGAAGUCGCAGCCGCAAUCGCAAGCAGUCGGCCGCUCCAUCGAUGUCUCAAUCUGGCGUGUACGAUUCGCAGCCACCCUCGUCGUCCUACCCUGCAUCCUUGGCCUCGCACAGCCAGUUUGACAGUGCCGCCUCGCCUGCACCUCCAACGCUUGUCUCCCGGCGCAAACGUCCACGCGAUAACCCAAUCUCUCGAUCCCAGCCCGUGCGUGCCCCCAUGCAAGGAUUCGAGUCGCCGCGACCCAAUGCAAGAGAUUCUCGCGGAGCAUCAGAAGCGGCACAGUCUCAACCAGCAGCGAUCCCAAGAUUCGGCUUUGCGGGCAGCUUCGGCGAUCUCACGCCCACAGUGUCCCCCGCAUCUUCGCAGGUUGGCACGCCCACUCGGUCUCACUUUACUACGGGAGCGGCAUCGACGCAGAUCGAGGCGGGUCGGUUCGGCGCUCGCCCUGCUGCGGCGGUGGAACGCCCGCCAAAGAAGAAGAAGCGAGCAAGUGGAUUCUAG